AUGGCUACCCCUAGUGUCCUAGCUUUUGACGCUGAGGGUCGCGCCAUUGACUUUGAGGUCUGGGUAGACGACCUGCAGUUGUUUUUACAGUGCGAUAGGGCAGACGGCCUCUCCCUCUUUGACCUUACCUCUGGCGCCUCUCCUGCUCCUGCUGCUGAUGCUGAUCCCACUGUGCGCUCUCAGUGGGCCACCCGCGAUGCUGCUGCACGUCUUGCUGUGCGUCGCCACCUCCCUACCUCUGAGCGCGCGCACUUUAGUCAGUACAAGAGUGCUCAGACCUUGUACGACGCUGUAGUUGCGCGCUACUCCUCCCCUGCCACUGCUGCACUGAGCCGUCUCAUGCUUCCCUACCUCUUUCCUGACCUCUCUGCCUUUCCCACUGUCGCUGACCUCAUUACGCACCUCCGCACUAGUGACACUCGCUACCGCGCCGCCCUUCCUGCUGAGUUCUGCGCUAAGAACCCCCCCCCCCAUCUGCCGACCUGCUUGGUCUUGAGUCGGUCGGCGCGGCGUCUGCCCCUAGUGGGAGACGUCGCUCUGGCAAGGGCAAGGGGGGCAAGGGCGCGGGUGGAGCAGGAGGGGGCGGUGGCGGUGGCGGCAGAGGCGGCGGAGGGAGUGGGGGUGGCGGCGGGAGUAGUGGCGGGGGUGGUGGUGGUGGUGGCAGCAGCGGCGGAGGCGGCGGUGGUGGUGGCAGCAGUGGUGGUGGUGGCAGCGGCGGAGGUGGAGGCGGCGGAGGAGGCAGCGGAGGAGGCGGUGGUGGUGGAGGGGGUGGAGCUGGUCGGGGUGGUACCCAGCAGCGGAGCGGCGGCGGUGGUGGCCAGCGCUCGCAGCAGUAGCAGCAGCAGCGUUCGCGGGACAUCCCUCCGCCUCAGCAGCUUCGUGAGUGGUACAUUCAACGUCAGAGGGUGUGGGGGUGCCCACCCCACCCAGCGCUGCUUUGGCCGCCUGACGGACGCUUGGCGUCAGCAAAUCCCCGGGGCUAGUGAGAUCCCUCGCUGGGAUGAGCUUCUUAGGGCUGGUGUAGCGAUCUUUGAUCUUGAUUUUGAUGCUAUCCUUGCUGCUAUGUAUGCUGUGACUAUUAGUGAGGAGACUGAGGGUUACCGGUGUUUCCAGCCCGACCCGGACAUUGGUACUGUUGCGCUAGGUGCUUGUGAGGCUGCUGCUCUAGGUGCCAGUGCGUCUGCGCUCUUAGGUACUGGUGAGACUGCGCUCUCAGGUACUGCGUCGCCCUCGUCCUCCCUUACUUUCACACUUGACUCUGGGGCUUCUCGCUCCUUCUUUCGAGACCGCACCACCCUUACGCCGCUUGGCCGGCCGGUUGCCGUCUCCCUGACUGACCCCUCUGGGGGUCCUGUCCUCUCUCACUUCUCCACUGUCCUCCCGUGUCCGGCUGCCCCUUCGGGCACCCUGUCUGGUCUGUACCUUCCCUCGUUCUCUACGAACUUGGUGAGUGGCGCGGACCUGCAGGAUGUGGGGGUUCACCAGUUCACUCCUGCGAGUCAGCGGGUGACCCACUGCACGGAGGCACGAACAGGCCGACACCUGGCCACGUUUACGCGUCGGCCGGGGUCGAGUCUCUACACCCUGACCGUUGAGUCUCCUCCUGUCCCUGCGUCUGGUCAGGUAGCUGCGUCAGGUCAAGUGCUUGCUGCUGCGUCCCGGUCAGGUCCUGAGUCUGCCCCCUGCUCUUGUCGCCUCCUGUCUCACGAGACUCUCCUGUGGCACCACCGUCUUGGCCACCCCUCCUUGCCCCGUCUUCGGAGCAUGGCUUCCCGUGUCCUUGUCUCUGGUCUUCCCCAAUCUCUCCCUCCCCUUCCCUCCGGGCCAGGACCUUCCUGUGUCCCCUGUGUCGAGGGUCGCCUCCGGGCUGCUCCUCACUCCUCCCAGUUCCCCCCGACAGAGGCUCCUCUGCAGACGCUUCACAUGGACGUGUGGGGCCCAGCCCCCGUCCGUGGGCAGGGUCACGAGCGCUACUUUCUGUUGGUGGUUGACGACUACUCGCGUUACACCACAGUCCUCCCCUUGCGCAGCAAGGGUGCUGUCACUGAGGUGCUGAUCGACUGGAUCCGCGAGGCUCGUCUCCAGCUCAGGAAGAGCUUCGGCUCGGACUUUCCUGUUCUGCGUCUGCACUCGGACAGAGGCGGAGAGUUCUCCUCGCGCCUUCUGCGAGACUACUGUCGUGCACGGGGGAUCCGCCAGACCUUCACGCUUCCGGACUCUCCACAGCAAAAUGGGAUUGCUGAGCGCCGCAUUGGCAUGGUCAUGGAUGUCGCUCGUACGUCCAUGAUGCAUGCGGCUGCCCCCCAUUUUCUGUGGCCGUUUGCGGUGAGGUACGCGGCGCAUCAGCUCAACCUUCACCCCCGGGUCUCUCGGCCCGCGAUGUCCCGAGUCUUGCUGUGGACGGGGAAGGUUGGCGAUGCGUCGGCGUUCCGUGUCUGGGGAACUCGGGCGUUUGUCCGCGACUUGUCUGCGGACAAGCUGUCCCCUCGUGCUGCUCCCUGUGUCUUCCUUGGCUUCCCCACAGACGCUCCCGGGUGGCAGUUUUACCACCCCUCCUCUCGUCGUGUUCUGUCCUCCCAGGACGUCACGUUCGACGAGUCAGUCCCCUUCUACCGCCUCUUCCCCUACCGCACUCCUUCCCUCCCCCCUCCGCUGGACUUCCUUGUGCCGGUUCCCCCCCCGGUAGACCCCCUCCCCCCUCAGGUUCCUGCCCCCUCAGGUGUGUCCCAGGUAGACGCAGUUGACCCGGUCGAGGUUACUGGUGACUCUGGUGCUGCUGUGGGUGCUGAGCCUGGGGGUGCUGACUCUGGGGGUGCUGAGCCUGGGGGUACUGGGCCUGGGGGUACUACUGCGGAGGGUGCUGAGCCGGGGGGUGCUGUGCCUGGAGCUGCUGAGCCUGGGGGUGCUGAGUUGGGAGCUGCUGAGCCUGGGGGUGCUGAGCCUGGGGGUACUACUGCGGAGGGUGCUGAGCCGGGGGGUGCUGUGCCUGGAGCUGCUGAGCCUGGGGGUGCUGAGUUGGGAGCUGCUGAGCCUAAGGGUGCUGAGCCUGGGUUUGCUCGCCGCUGGAGGCGUGCUGCUGGAGCUGGAGCUUCUUCGACCGUCGAGGGUGCUGGUGCUGCCGGUCCCGGAGCUGCUGGGCCUGCGGGUCCUCCUGGAGCUGGAGCUGCUGAGGGUGUUGGUGCUGAGACCACUGCUGUCUGUCCUCGCGGUGGUUCUGCUGCUGGUACUGCUGGAGGUCCUGCCGCAGGAGGUGUUGGUGGCGCUGGUACUGUCGCUGAGGGUGCUGGUGCUGUCCCUGCUGAGUCUGGAGCUGCCGCGCGGCCUCGGCCGUACUUCGUUCCGCUCCUGCAGCAGCGUCGUGAGCCUGCGUCUCGUCCCGCGUCGCCUGUUCGUUCUGCUCGCGCUAGUGGUCGCGGUUCGCGUCAGCGUCCUCCUCCUGUCCCUAGCACGCACCGGAUGUCUCUGCGUCCGUCCACUGCUCCUCUGCGUGCCCCUUUGCCUUCUCCUCCUGAGUCCUCUCUUCCUGCGCUUGCCGACCCUGAGUCGGACUCUCUUCGUGCUGCCAGUCCUACUGUCACGCGUCUGCUUGCUACUGUCGUCACUGACCCCUCGUUUGAGUCCACUGCUGCGUCUGCUCUUGUCGCUGAGCUCGUCGACUUUGCUGCUCGCUGUCGUCUAGACUACGCUGCUAGUCUUGUUGCUGAGUCUGCGUCUGUCUGUCCUCCGUCCGUCGGGGGUGAGUGUGCUUUUGGCACGGACGUCCUAGAGGACAGGCAGGAGGAGUUACAGUGUCUGGCUGCUGCUUCACCUCAUCUCGCGUCUGUACUGCUUGCUCCUGAGGGAGACCCGGAUGCACUAGACAUCCCGACUCCGCGCUUUUACGCGGAGGCCGUAGAGGGUCCCUACUCCUCUCAGUGGCACGCAGCUAUGGAUGCAGAGAUGGCUUCCUGGAAGUCCACAGGCACCUACGUUGACGCAGUUCCCCCUCCUGGGGCGAACAUCGUCAGUGGCAUGUGGAUCUUCCGGAUGAAGCGACCGCCGGGCUCUCCACCUGUCUUCAAGGCGCGGUACGUUGCUCGUGGCUUCAGUCAGCGGCAGGGAGUUGACUACUUUCAGACCUUCUCUCCCACCCCGAAGAUGACCACUCUUCGGGUGCUGCUGCACAUAGCCGCUCAGCGCGACUACGAGCUUCACUCUCUCGACUUCAGCACUGCGUUCCUGCAGGGUAGCCUGCACGAGGAGAUCUGGCUGCGCCGUCCACCUGGCUUCACUGGGACUUUCCCUCCUGGCACCCAGUGGAGCCUCCGACGGCCAGUCUACGGUCUCCGCCAGGCACCGCGUGAGUGGCACGACACACUGAGGACUACGCUUGCGGCUCUUGGGUUUUCUCCGUCUACUGCUGACCCGUCGCUGUUUCUGCGCACUGACACUUCACUGCCGCCGUUCUACAUCCUCGUGUACGUCGACGACUUGGUCUUUGCCACAGCGGACACUGCUGGACUCGCCUACGUGAAGUCCGAGCUACUGAAGAGACACACGUGCACAGACCUGGGUGAACUGCGCAGCUACCUUGGCUUGCAGAUCACUCGGGACAGAGCACGCCGCACCAUCACCUUGACUCAGUCACACAUGGUGCAGCAGGUCCUUCAGCGCUUCGGCUUCACGUACUCCUCGCCUCAGGCCACUCCUCUGUCUACUCGCCACUCACUCUCAGCUCUGCCUUCGGAUGAGUCCGUAGAGUCGAGUGGCCCGUACCCAGAGCUUGUUGGCUGCCUCAUGUACCUGAUGACCUGCACUCGACCUGACCUUGCAUACCCUCUGAGCAUUCUUGCACGCUAUGUUGCUCCUGGGAGACACCGACCAGAGCACAUGGCUGCAGCGAAGAGGGUAUUGCGCUACCUGUGCAGUACUUCGGGCAUGGGGCUAGUGCUUGGAGGGCGGAGUCCAGUGGUCCUUACAGGCCACGCGGACGCUUCUUGGGCUGACGACCAGGCUACGCAGCGGUCGUCACAGGGUUACACCUUCAGUCUUGGUUCCGGCUCUGUCUCAUGGCGGUCUACUCGUUCGUCUUCGGUUCUCAGCUCCAGUUUUGAGGCUGAGAUCUACGCCGGGGCCAUGGCUGCACAGGAGCUUCGCUGGCUCACCUACCUUCUGACUGACCUUGGAGAGCCGCCUCGUUCUCCUCCAGUGCUGUACGUAGACAACAAGGCCAUGCUGGCCUUGUGUCGAGAGCAGCGCUUGGAGCACAGAACGAAGCACAUUGCUCUCCGUAACUUCCUUACUCGUUAG